AUCAUGAUUUUGGAAGGAGCUGGCAGAAUGAGUAUCAAUUCCAGCAGCAACCUACUCCACCAGCAGCCUUCCUGGACAGACGGAUAUUCCACAUGCAAUGUGUCCAGCAGUUUCUAUGGAACCCAGUGGCACGAAAUACACCCGCAGUACUGGACCAAGUUUCAGGUCUGGGAGUGGUUGCAGCAUCUCCUUGAUACCAACCAACUGGAUGCCAACUGCAUACCCUUCCAAGAGUUUGAUAUCAACGGGGAACAUCUGUGCAGCAUGAGUCUGCAGGAAUUCACUCAGGCAGCUGGGACAGCAGGGCAGCUGCUCUACAGCAACCUUCAGCACCUAAAAUGGAAUGGUCAGUGUGGAAGUGACAUGUACCAAUCGCAUAAUGUCAUUGUCAAGACAGAACAAACAGAUCCAUCAUUAAUGGUGUCCUGGAAAGAAGAGAAUUACCUGUAUGACAGUGGCUAUGGUAGCACAGUAGAGCUAUUGGACAGUAAAACGUUCUGUCGUGCUCAGAUCUCCAUGACGACACCUAGUCACCAGCCUCCUGAUUCUUCAGAUGUGAAAAAAACACAAGAUCAUACCCCAAAGUCCCACACCAAGAAGCACAACCCUCGAGGAACUCAUCUCUGGGAAUUUAUUCGAGAUAUUCUUCUCAAUCCUGAGAAAAACCCAGGAUUAAUCAAGUGGGAAGACCGGUCAGAAGGCGUCUUCAGAUUUUUAAAAUCCGAAGCUGUGGCUCAGCUCUGGGGGAAGAAGAAAAACAACAGCAGCAUGACUUAUGAGAAACUCAGCCGGGCUAUGAGAUAUUAUUAUAAAAGAGAAAUCCUGGAGCGUGUGGAUGGUCGCAGAUUAGUAUAUAAAUUUGGAAAGAAUGCCCGUGGCUGGAGAGAAAAUGAGAAUUAAAUACGUCAGGAAAUAACAUUUAAAA